GUAGUAACUAAGUUAAUUUUAGUUACGCGAAAGGUGGACUUGUGAGCUUCUAUGUACUUCUGUAUUCUUUGCUUUUAUAAACAAAUGUUUUGAAUUUUAUUUUGUUAAUUACAGUCAGUGACAAAUUAUAACAUAAAUAAUAAUUAAAUGUGUUAUUAGAAAAGAAAACUUUAAUAAUAUCUAAUAUAUAUUAUCAAAAUCAUCAAAAUGUUAACCAAAAUAUCAAAAAUAUUUGCCCGUAAUAAUUAUGCAAAUUUUUACAUUGUCAACAAUGAAUUUCAUACAUCUUACAUAAAUUUAUUAAAGCAAGAUUGGAGAAGGAAAAAAGGAUUAACAGAAAAUCCGAAUGCAUUUGGACCUUUAACAAAUAAGCCAGAUUAUUCAUUUCUUGAUGGAAGACCAACACCGCUUGGAGUUAGACAAAAAUCUCGUAUAAUUAAACAACGAGAAUAUGCCGUAAGAAUUCAUAAAUUAGUUGGAGAAAUAGAUUAUGCGGUUGAAAGACAUAAGAGAUUACAACAAGAAAAAGAGGAAGAACGACAAAAAAUUCUUGAUAGCAAAUUAAAACCGAAAGGAGAUCUUUUAUUAAAAGCAGAAGAACCUACUUCAUAAGACUUAUUAAAGAAAGAAACAUUUGUAGAAAUAAUAUAUACCAUUGAUAUUUUAUAUGAUAUAUUUACUUUAUAAAUACAUUCAUAUAAAUACUUAAAUAUAAAUGAAAGAUAAUUUAUGCAAACACAAACUGAUUAAGAAUACUAAAAGCCUGUAAAAUCUAUAUAGGAUAGAUAAAAUUAAAUAUAUGUUAUUAAUUAAA